AUGCUUAAAGUCGAAUCUCAUUUCAAUAAAGAUAAUGAUAUCAAAGGUAGAGUCAAUGCAUUCCGUCCUUCCAGAGAAGUCAUAUCAAAUGAUUACUCUAACCAUUAUAUACAUACAGGUUCAAAUCCCCAGAGUCACGUAACCAACAUCGAGAAUCCAGUAGAGGGAUAUCCUAAAUUACAAAAACUAUUCGAAGAAAAAGAAAGACAAGUAGCAGACUACGCCACAAAACCAUUAGGUUGCAAGGUAUCUAUUGAUAAGAUGGUUCCAACAUUAAACAAAUGGAUUCACAAAGAUAAUUUAACAUUUGAUGUUAUUAUGAUAGGAUGUCUAACAGAUAAUCAAUUUAUAUACCCACUUUUGACCCAAUUACCACUGGAUAAACUAGUUUCCAAACCCGGAUUUUUGUUUAUUUGGGCUAGUGCACAGAAAAUCAAUGAGUUAUCUAAAUUGCUAAAUAAUGAAAUAUGGGCUAAGAAAUUUAGAAGAAGUGAAGAAUUAGUCUUUGUACCUAUUGAUAAAAACUCACCAUAUUACCCAGGUUUGGCUGGUGAUGAUGAUACCCUCGUUGAAAAAGUUCAAUGGCAUUGUUGGAUGUGUAUUACCGGUACAGUUAGACGGUCUACCGAUGGCCAUCUGAUCCAUUGUAAUGUGGAUACUGAUUUAAAUAUAGAAACUUCAGAGACUCAAAAUGGUGCUGUUCCUCCAGAUUUAUAUAAAGUAGCCGAAAACUUUUCAACAGCUACAAAAAGAUUGCAUAUCAUUCCAGCUCGAACAGGCUGGGAGACACCUGUUAGAGUGAGACCUGGAUGGGUUGUUAUGAGUCCAGAUGUCAUGUUGGAUAACUUCGACCCCCAAAAAUAUAGGCAGAAUAUUGAUAAAAUUGGUAGCCAUGUUCCUUUCAACGAGGAAAUCGAAGCACUAAGACCAAAAAGUCCUGUUCAAAGAUAA